CGACGACGACCGACAUGCUGUCCCGUACAUGGCUGACCACUCGCACUGCUACGGCAGCUGCGCGCUAUGCCUCGUCAGCAGCAUCGAAACCGUUUGACAAGAUCCUUGUGGCCAACCGGGGAGAGAUUGCCUGCCGUGUCUUUGCCUCGGCUAAGAAGCUGGGGAUGAAGACGGUGGCAGUGUACUCGGAGGCUGAUGCGCAUGCUAAGCACACCAAGAUGGCGGAUGAGGCUGUGUGCGUCGGCCCUGCAGCAUCGGCGGACUCGUACCUUGUUAUCGACAACAUUCUGGAGGCUGUGCGGAUGACGGGCGCACAGGCUGUGCACCCGGGCUACGGAUUCCUCUCCGAGAACGCGGCGUUCUCGCAGGCGCUGGAGGACGAGGGCGUGGCGUUUGUGGGCCCGCCUCCCGGAGCGAUCACCUCGAUGGGGUACAAGAUCGAGUCGAAGCGGAUUGCGCAGGAGGCCGGUGUGUCGACGGUCCCGGGCUUUGCCGGCGUUGUCGGCUCUGCUGAGGAGGCCGUCAAGAUUGCGGCAGACAUUGGGUUCCCGGUCAUGGUCAAGGCCGACGCCGGCGGUGGCGGCAAGGGCAUGCGUGUGGCGUGGAACGAGUCCGAGGUUGCCGAGGCGUUCCGGGCGUCGACGGAGGAGGCUGCAGGCGCGUUCAACAACGCCGACUUGCUUGUGGAGAAGUUUAUCCACGAGUCGCCGCGGCACAUUGAGAUCCAGCUCAUUGCUGACAAGCACGGCAACGCGGUGUACCUCAACGAGCGCGAGUGCUCGCUGCAGCGGCGGAACCAGAAGGUAGUGGAGGAGGCGCCGUCUGUGGUGCUCACGCCCGAGGUGCGGCGGGCCAUGGGCGAACAGGCCGUGGCGCUGGCCAAGGCGGUCGACUACUCGUCGGCUGGCACGGUCGAGUUCCUUGUCGACGCCAACCUCGACUUUUACUUCCUCGAGAUGAACACGCGGCUCCAGGUCGAGCACCCGGUGACCGAGCUCAUCACCGGUGUCGACCUUGUGGAGGAGAUGUUCCGGGUUGCUGCUGGCGAGAAGCUCUCGAUCACCCAGGACGAGGUCAAGAUCAAUGGCUGGUCGUUCGAGUCGCGUGUCUACGCUGAGAACCCCUACCGCGACUUUCUGCCGUCGACUGGGCGGCUGACCAAGUACGUCGAGCCGGGCGCAGACGACCCCAACGUCCGUUGCGACUCGGGCAUUCUCCCCGGCUCGGAGAUUUCGAUCUACUACGACCCGCUCAUCUGCAAGCUGGUGACCCACGGCCCGACUCGCGAGGCCGCGGCCAACACCAUGAAGCGUGCGCUCGACGAGUACGUCAUCCGCGGCGUCGGGCACAACGUUCCGUUCCUCCGCGAGGUCUUUGAGAACGACGAGUUCAAUGCCGGCAACCUGACCACCAACUUUAUCCCGGAGCACUUCCCCGACGGCUUCCACGGCCACCAGCUGUCGCCGCGCGAGAAGCACGAGCUCCUGGCCUCGGCCGUUGCCGUCCACCACUCCAAGCUGGUGCGCGCCGCGUCGAUCGACGUUGCCGACCAGGUCUCGUCGUUUGAGCGCCCCGACGGCGGUGACUUUGUGGUCACGAUCGACGGCGAGGAGUUCCACGCCGGCAUCAUUCAGGGUUCGGACGACGCACCCGCAGUGGUUGUCCUCGGCGAGGCCGGCUUUGACCUCAACGCCCUCUCGGACGACGAGCUCGCCGCUGGCGCCGCCGACGGCUCGCUGCCGGUCACCACGUACCUCUUUGACUACGACUACACCCAUGGCACGGAUCUUCUCCGCGGCUCGCUCUCGUCGACGGCCGAGGCCCUCGCCGACGACGCCGACGCCAGCGCCGAUGACUUUGCCGACGAUGUCGACUCGGAGGUGAUUGUCCAGGUUGUCGGCUCGGACGCCGAGACCUAUCAGCUCCAGCACGUCGGCACCGUGUACGAUGUCAAGAUCGAGACGCCGCGCGUCCACGAGCUCCGCCAGUACCUUCCGGCCAAGCCCAAGCCUGACCUCUCCAAGUUUGUUCUUUGCCCCAUGCCUGGCCAGGUCAUCAACGUCCUCGUCCAGCCGGGCGAGAAGGUUGCCGCCGGCCAGCCAGUUGCCGUCAUCGAGGCCAUGAAGAUGCAGAACCAGCUCCUUGCCGAGACUGACGGCGUUGUCAAGGCCAUCAACUACGACGAGGGUGCUUCGGUGGCUGCCGACGACCUCCUCAUCGAGUUUGAGUAAACGCUACCGCGUCUA